UUAAAUAAAAUCCUUUGUAAAAAAAUUUCUACGAUUUAACAAUGUCUAAUAACUCUGAAAUUGAAUUUACUGAUAAUUUAGAUGAAUAUAUUAAUUGGAUUGAAGAAGCUGUCACGAGAAAUUAUUUUAAAUAUUACGAUUAUAAACACUUUAUUAAUAUUCAAGAAAUUGGUUUUGGAAAUUCCGGAAAAGUAUAUCGCGCAAACUGGAAAAAUUCUCGUAAUUAUUUAGCAUUGAAAUCUUUUUAUAAUUACAAUAGCGUCACAAUUAAAGAAAUUGUUAAUGAACUUAAACUUCAACGCGAAGUUGAUUUUCAUGAGAAUAUUAUUCGAUUUUGUGGCAUUACAACAGAAGAGAACCAAAACGAUUAUUCAAAAAAUUUUUUGCUUGUGAUGGAAUAUGCCAAUAGUGGUACCCUUCGAAAUUAUUUAUGUAAAAAUUUUGAAAACCUCACUUGGAAUGAUAAAUUAAACCUGGCAUUUCAGUUAUCUCAUGCCGUAUCAUGCUUACAUGAUGAAGGGAUAGUGCAUCGUGAUUUGCACUCCAAUAAUAUAUUAGUUCACCAAAAUACCAUCAAAUUGGCAGAUUUUGGAUUAUCCAAAAGAAUCGAAGAAUCAACCAAUGUUCAAUCAAAAUUAUUUGGAAUGGUUGCUUACAUUGAUCCACAAAUAUUCAAUAGAAGAAGGGAUAGUAAUAACCAAAUAAAAAUAUAUGUAUUAAAUAAGAAGAGUGACAUUUACAGUAUUGGCAUACUCUUAUGGGAAAUAUCUAGUGGGCGCCCACCUUUUAGUAAUGAACCAUAUGAUGUUGGUUUAGCUAUGGAAAUAUUACAAGGUCUUAGGGAAAACCCUAUUCCCAAUACACCUGAAGACUAUGUGAAAAUAUAUACCGAUUGCUGGAAUAAAGAACCAGAUAAUCGUCCAACUGCCGACCAGGUUGUCGCAAAAUUAAAUGAAAUUAUUCUAUUAAAUGAAAAGCAGAAUAUUGUUGAAAUUCCUAAAAAUGUUAUUGAUAACUCAUUGCAUGGAGAAAUGUCUCAAGUUAUUAAAAACUUUUGUAAUAUGAAUACAAAAGAAAUAGAAACAUCAAUAACAUCUGACAAUAACUUUUAUAUAAUGGUUAAUGAAAUAAUUCUCCUUCUUGACAAUGUAAAUAAAGAAAGGAAAAAACAUGAAAUUGUUAAUUAUUUUAAUAAUCAUAAUAUAACUUCACAGGAAAUUUACAAUUGGGUAUUAAAUAAUCAGGAUAAUUCAAAUUCUGUUUUUUUACUUGGAAUAUUUAAUCAUUUUGGAAUUGAAGUUGAUGUUGAUGAACAAAAGACAUUUGAAUUAUAUCAAAAUACAGCUAAUUCUGGAAAUGUAUAUGGAAUAACUAGUUUAGGAUAUUGUUAUGAAAAGGGAAUUGGAACCAGUGUUAAUAAACAAAAAGCGUUUGAAUUAUAUCAAAAGGCUGCAAAUUUAGGUAAUGCGCGCGGAUUAAGUAACCUAGGAGUGUGUUAUGAAAAAGGCAUUGGAACUAGAAUUGAUAAACCAAAGGCGUUUGAACAUUUUCUGAUAGCAGCGGAUUUAGGAAAUACACUUGCAAUAUACAAUUUAGGAAGGUGUUAUCAAUAUGGUACUGGAAUUAGUAUUAAUAAGAGAAAAGCGUUUGAACUAUAUCAAAAAGUAGCAAGUUUAGGAAAUCCAAAUGGAAUAUGUAAUUUAGGAUAUUUAUAUGAAAAAGGAAUUGGAACUAGAAUUGAUAAGCAAAAAGCGUUUGAGCUAUAUCAAAAAGCAGCAAAUUUAGAGAAUGUUAUUGGAAUAAAUAACUUAGGGUGGUGUUAUCAAAGUGGUAUUGGAACAAGUAUUGAUAAACAAAAGGCAUUUGAUCUAUAUCAAAAGGCAGCAAAUUUAGGAAGUGAUUUAGCCCAAUAUAAUCUUGCUUUAAUGUAUGAAUUUGGAGAAGGAGUCGAAAGGGAUAUAAAUCAAGCUAAUUAUUGGUAUGAAAAAUCUGUUAAGCAAAGAUAUCAGUAAGCUCAAAUUAAUUAAAGGACCUUAGUAGGGCAGUUUUGUCGUGGGUAUUAAAGAAGGUUCCUAGUAUUCAAGCGUCGUGGUAGUGAGGGUGCGUUUGGUAUAUUGACCAAGUUUUUGGUUCAUGAUAUGAGCGCGGUCGUGCGCUAGUGUGUUGAGUACUUUCUUGAAGUUGUUGUCGUUCCCUUUUAGCUACGUUUGCGCUGACAAGUUCUACAAGUAAUAAUUUUAUGUAUUAUUUAUUAGUAGGUAAUGUAAGAUAUGUUAACAUUUUAUGUAUUGUAUUUUAGAUCUUUAAAAUUAAUAAAAUUGGUAUUUAUUUUAUGAUUUUUUUUUAAAAUAACAA